GGGAGGUGAUAAGCGAGGAAGGGUUGAGGUGGUCGGCUAUGGUGGAUGGGUGUAGGUGAUGGAGGUGGAAGGGUUGGAGGUGGUCGGCUAUGGUGGACGAGUGUGGGUGAUGGAGGAAGAAAAAGGGUUGGAGGUGGGUAGCUAUGGUGGACGGGUGUGGGUGAUGGAGGAAGAAGAAGGGUUGGAGGUAGUCGGCUAUGGUGGACGGGUGUGGGUGAUGGAGGAGGACGAAGAGUUGGAGGUGGUCGGCUAUGGCGGACGGGUGUGGGUGAUGGAGAAGGAAGAAGAGUUGGAGGUGGUCGGCUAUGGUGGACGGGUGUGGGUAAUGGAGGAGGAAGAAGGGUUGGAGGUGGUCGGCUAUGGUGGACCGGUGUGGAUGAUGGAGGAGGAAARARAGUUGGAGGUGGUCGACUAUGGGGGACGGGCGUGGGUGAUGGAGGAACAAGUGAUGGAGGAAGAAGAAGGGUUCGAGCUGGUCAGCUAUGGUGGACGGGUGUGGGUGAUGGAGGAAGAAGAAGGGUUGGAGCUGGUCAUCUGUGGUGGAUGGGUGUGGGUAAUAGAGGAAAAAAAAGGUUUGGAGUUGGUCGACUAUGGUGGAAGGGUGUGGGUGAUGAAGGAAGAAGAAGGGUUGAAUGUGGUUGGCUAUGGUGGACGGGCGUGGGUGAUGGAGGAGGAAGAAGGGUCGGCGGUGGUCGACUAUAGCGGACGGGUGUGGGUGAUGGAGGAAGAAGAAGGGUUGGAGGUGGUUGGCUAUGGUGGACGGGUAUGGGUGAUGGAGGAAGAAGAGGGGUUGGAGGUGUUCGAGAUUGGAGGAGUGGAGGUGACAGUGAAAGCUUAUCGGACACAACCUAACUCUUAACCAUAUGCCCCGCUUUUCUA